GCAUGGUACCUAUAAUUACGAAUUGCGUAGUGCCUAGAACCUUGUCAUAUUUCACCUUCACAAGGCUAUGUAUGCAUCGAUACCGAAUUUACCGAUUGUGGGGAAAUUGGAAGUAACGAGAGUGUGAAUCUGUAAAUAGGUUUUGACAAUCACGGGUGGCCCGGAACUGCGGAAGUGAAGUGGGAGGGAGGCGGUGAACGGGUUGUUGGUUUUACAAAAACGGGGCCUGGUGUCCUUCACACGUGCUUUUGCAGGCACAUUCUUCUAGUUGUCUGUAGUUGCUGUUCUUGGAAUGGUGGAGUCCCCUGUUUCUAUUUUAGGAAUCCAGGGACUGUUCUGGAGCCUGAGAUAUGAUUCCUUUGAGCAGCUGUUGCAACCAUCCUUACAAUUACAAGCAUUUGGGAAACAAGGAAGCGGAAGAUCACAGCAAUCGUGGGGAGGAAGAGGAGAAAAUGGAGGAAGGCCCUAUCAGGCGGAGUGAAGGAGGGGCCGCUGGUGCGGAUGUGGUGUUAAAUGUUGAUUCCCAGAGUGAGGAUUUCAAUCAGGAAAGAGCAAUGGGUGGUGGGAGUCGAGAGGGAGGAGGGAUUUGGAGGGGUUCUAGCUAUGAUUUCCUUGGUGAGUCUGAAAAGCUAGGGCUUCCCACAGCUCAAGGGGCUUCGGAUGACAAGAGCCAGAGCUUUGAUUUCCGGGAGGGCAGGGAUCCCCCAUCUAAACUCAUUGGGGAUUUCUUGCAGCGGGAGAGGAUUUCCGGGCAAAAAUCCUUGGAUAUGGAUUUUGAUUUGGAGGAACUCCAUUUCGCCCAGGAAGGUGAUAACAGUGUUUCUGGUAAAAAGAGGGAUUACUUGUCCAGUGUUCCAGAGACGCACACUUUACAGUCUGGAGCAAAUUCUCCAGGGAAGGGUGUUGUCAGAUCCCAUCUCCAUGGUGGCUCUUCUCCUACGCCGAAUUCGAGUAUGCAUGCACGUUCGCCCUCAGCUUCUCCCAAGGUACAGUUUGAAUCUGCGGUUCAGAUAGGAUCCCCUGUUUAUGAAGGCGGGCCACGAUACAGCCCUAAGGAAGAUUUUAAGGAGAGAAGUAACAGAGAGAGCGGGCGAAAAAAAUCUGGAAUCGAUGAUGAAGUGUUGAGGUGUUCGGGCAGGGCGUCGCCGAAUCUAAACCGGUUACGCACCAAAACGAAGUCGCGACUGAUUGAUCCGCCUCAGGCUCAGUUUCAGUACGGAGGGGAGGCUGCUUCAGAGAUGGCCUAUGUUAGCAGACGGCGCUCUGGUCAGCUAAAGUCGGGCCAGCUCAAGUCCGGCAUCAUCGGGAAAAAUCCCGGUAUGCUGGAGAAGCUGAACGAAGAUGAAGAAGACGACCCCUUUAAGGAUUGCGAUCUUCCGGACGAAUAUAAGCGGGCCAAAUGGGGUUUCCUUGGCCUUUUUCAGUGGCUUAGCUUUUUUGUAAUAGUGGGUGCCUUUGUUUGCAGCCUAACGGUUGAGUAUUUGAAAAGGAAGACCGUGUGGGAUCUGCAUCUCUGGAAAUGGUGCCUCCUAGUGCUUGUUCUGUUUUGUGGAAGACUUGUUUCUGGCUGGGCCAUUCGUCUCGUUGUCUUCUUUGUAGAGAGGAACUUUCUACUCAGGAAAAGAGUCCUUUAUUUCGUUUAUGGGCUGAGGAAAGCUGUGCAGAAUUGUCUCUGGUUGGGGCUUGUUCUUCUGGCCUGGCAUUAUCUCUUCGACAAGAAAGUAGAGAGGGAGACCAAGAGUAAGUCACUGCGUUAUGUUAAUAAGAUCCUGGUCUGUUUGCUGGUGGGCACCUUUAUAUGGCUGAUUAAAACACUGUUGGUGAAAGUUUUGGCAUCUUCGUUUCAUGUGAGCACUUUUUUCGAUCGGAUACAAGAGUCUCUCUUCAAUCAGUAUGUGCUGGAAACCCUUUCUGGGCCUCCAUUGAUUGAGAUCGAGCAGUACAACAAAGAAGAGGAGAAGCUUAUGGCCGAGAUAGCCCAGAUGAAAGAGGCUGGGGCUAAGAUUGCCAUUGACCUUAAAAGCACUUCCAAAAGUGGUUUGCUCAAGUCCGGAGCUACAACUCCCAGAAGUGGGAUGAUCGGCAAAAGCGGGCGUUCCAUGGGGCUUCGAGACAACAAACAACAAGACGAGGGAAUCAGCAUUGACCAUUUGCACAAACUGAACCAGAAGAACAUCUCGGCGUGGAACAUGAAGAGACUGAUGAACAUUGUGAGACAUGGAGUAUUGUCCACUCUCGACGAGUCAUUCCAGAACGCGGCCACCGAAGACGAGUCUGUCACGCAGAUUAGAAGCGAGUGGGAGGCCAAAGCUGCUGCCAAAAAGAUUUUUAGAAAUGUUGCCCAGCCGCGUGCAAAGCAUAUAACCAUAGAGGAUUUGAUGAGAUUUCUACGGGAAGAAGAAGCACUGAAGGCAAUGGCCCUGUUUGAAGGGGCCCAAGACACCAAUCAAGUCAAUAAAGCGGCUCUUAAAAACUGGGUGGUGAACGUUUUCAGAGAGAGAAGGGCUCUAGCCCUGACAUUGAACGACACAAAGACUGCAGUGAACAAAUUACACCGAAUGGUGAAUGUGGCGGUUUCCUUGGUAAUCGGAGUAAUCUGGCUUCUGAUACUUGGGAUUGCAACAACCCACAUUCUCGUAUUGAUAUCUUCCCAGUUGCUGUUGGUGGUUUUCGUGUUCGGAAACACCUGUAAGACAAUAUUCGAGUCUAUCAUCUUCCUCUUCGUAAUGCAUCCUUUCGACGUUGGGGACCGAUGUUCAGUGGAAGGCGUCCAAAUGGUUGUGGAGGAGAUGAACAUUCUGACAACAGUGUUUCUGAGAUACGACAACGAGAAGAUUUGGUAUCCCAAUUCAGUUCUGGCGACAAAACCCAUCAGUAACUUCUACAGGAGCCCUGACAUGGGAGACGCCGUGGAAUUCGCCAUUCACAUUGCAACUCCCAAGGAAAAGGUCGACAUAAUGAAAGAGAGGAUCAAAAGGUAUGUGGAUAAUAAAGUAGAGCACUGGUACCCGAAUCCGAUGAUAGUGGUGAAGGACAUUGAGGACAUGAACAGGAUGAAGAUGGCAGUGUGGUUACAGCACAAGAUGAAUCACCAAGACAUGGGGGAGAAAUGGUUGCGAAGGUCUCACCUGGUAGAAGAAAUGAUCACCAUUUUCAGAGAUUUAGAUAUCGAAUAUCGCCUCUUACCCAUGGACGUUAACAUCCGAAAGUUACCCCCGCCCGCCCUCGUCUCCAACCGCCUUCCUUCCACGUGGAUGACGUGAUAUGAUGCAUCAAAUUCUACUUGUUCUUGUAUUUAUGUGGGGAUAACGGUCUGCAAUGCAAAUACAAAAAUGAGUGAAGUUAUACGCCAUUAUGAGUAGCUAAUUCAUUCAUUUAAAAACUUUAAAAAUGGUGUUGGGUGGUAUUAUGUUGUCGGAGCAUUUGCGGGAUACACCUGAAUGCCUAAUCAUAUUACGUGUAGGAGCGCCAGAGCUUGGAUAGCCUGCCCCACACCUUCCUUUACUUGAAUAUUUUGUGUAUUUGCCUAAAUAAUAUUUCUCAUGCUUAUUUUAUUUGGUAA